UGCGACUCUAGAUCCUCAUGAAGGACCUCGAGGUAGCCGCCAGACAUCACAGCAACCUAGUACGAGUCGGUUGUCGGCUCCCAUCCUUCGAACCGCACGUGGAUGGCUAAGACAUUACAUAUGUCGUCUUCUCACUCAUGAACACGCUGCGUUCAUUAUCGUCAUGUCCGUGCCUGCAGUUAGCGGGCUGCAGGGGGCACUCAAGUUGUAUGGCUCAGACAAAGUCAAGGAACGUGCAGAUGGACACACAAGGAUACGAGGGAUCUUCUCAGAUCGAGAGAAUCUUCGAGUCUUCCAAGAAUCUGCUCGUAGAGACGGCGGAGCUGGAUGGGUAGCGCUCUUUCAAUGCCUGUUCCAGACCGUGAUAAUGGAGAAACGGGUCUUCCUACGCAGUGCUACAGCUCAAGCGGAGAAACGUCUAGCCGACGCCAUCUCACUGGUACGAUGGAUGACAGAACGCUCAGUUCAUUUGUUGUCAGGAAAACCAUUCAUGGCCUUAUUCACGCACAUGGUACACCUGCUUGUUCACGCGUCGCGGAUCUUCAAGCCUGCGUCUUUAGACUACGCUAAAGCCCUCAGAUGCCUGUUGCGCUAUCCACCUCACUUGGCUAAUCUGGAUGAGACAGGAUGGCGCUUGCUGAUGAGCAUCUGCUGGUCGGACGUUUUGGGGGAUACAGUAACGCUGGAGGAUGAAUGGGACGAGACGAGCAGACUUGAGGAAGAGGACAUAGGUGACGAAAUCGAUUCGAAAGACGGUCUCGUUGGUCACGGCUCUGGUGGUAUCGCCAAAGUCCAAGCUUCAAGCGUCGAACUUGCCACAUUGAUACCCACUCUGAUGUCCAGUCCCGCCGCACCUCUCAUCCCGGCUCUGCCAGCUGCGAAUGAUCUGGUAUAUCAUCACCAAGCGUCUUUGGGUUAUAGGAUUUGCGAGAAGAUACACAGAUUCCUGUCACAACGUCGGACAAACGAAUCUGUUGAGCUGAAUAUCCUGCGAUCGCUCAACAUGAUUCUGGAGACCCUCGAGCUCAACUGUCGUCAUGAUUUUGUUAUGGCGGGGAGGAUUCUCCUCCCGCAGUUAGCAGGUCUAUGGGAAACAGGAAGCCGCGCCAUCCGCGAGCAAGCUUUGAUUGCCUUGCGAUUCUUCCUUAAUUUCUGCGAAUCAACUACUGGUGGAGCAUCUGAUGAACACUGGAUCACGGACUCAUCAUUUCUACCUUUGUAUCAAGUUAUCGUAGAUCAUUUACCACGAGAAGCCGGUGCAAGAUGGGGAAUUGGGGUGCUAGACCUACAUAGUAUUCGGCUGCGUCUGUUGCCUAUCUCUGUGGCCCUCAAGCCUUUUGAGACAGAUUCCAUAACCGCUGGACUAGGAUUCACGCACGAUGCCGCGAUGGCGUGGACAUCUCUUCAGUUCUACGCACAUGUAUAUUUCAAAGUCGCUACUUGUUCGCCAUCCUCAUUGACAUCGCAUCGAGACGCAGAAGGCGAUGAAAAGCCCCUUAAACGGCAAAAGAGAUCAGAUCCCCUGCAGGUCUUGCUUCGCGGUUGCGAAACGGGUACCCAACGAGGCCGCCUCCACCAUCUGCAAGUGUGUUUCUUCCUCGUCGAUCAACACUGGCAGCAACUGCCUCAUGAUAUUCAAGAAAGGCUUUCUGAGCUGCUCUUGUCCCUGUUGGACGAUGAAGACAUCGCCAUACAAGACUGGGCUUUUCUCACGCUGGCGCAAUUAGCCACAAACCAGCACGAGAAGCGCUCUCUGCCAACUUUGCCCCCUUUUGGGCAAGUGGAGACAGAUCUGUGGAAGAGGGCAUGGGCGCACUCUGUGAGGAAGGCUUUCGGUGUUCACGCCCGAUCGGCCAGUCAUCUUGGGUGUACAAUCCUCUCUUCACGGCUUGUCCCUCAGGCAAGCACUAUUGACGAUGUGGAGGAUCUCAUGCGCAGUGUCGAUAUACAAGGGCCUUUGAUACCCGCCGAUUCAGUCUGUGCUUUCAUGCGACUGGCUCUUGCCGAUAUCCGCAACGAUGUCAGACUGUAUUCAGUGGGCAUGGAAGGCAAACUCAUGACCUGGAUCGGCAAAUGGACCAUCGUCGAUUCUUUCCUUGGCAGAUCGAGGCUCAAUCAGCAUACACCCUCAGACUUGUUGAGUGUUAUCAGCGAUGUCUGCGGGUUGGAAUCGCAUCCUAUGCCGGCCCCACUGACAUUGGAUUAUUUGCCAGAAUGUGCGGUAGUCAGCCGACUUAUCGCCGAGUAUGACACUCAGCCCAUCAGAGCUUUUGGAUUGAGAGGGGCGAUCCCGCCAGUAAGAGCGUCCGACCUUGAAGCCGCACCGGGGGAGAUUCAGGAUCUCGUGCACCAUGAAGAUGAGAUGCACUCAAUGGGUCAAACAGCUCGAGCCGCGGCGCAGAUUCUCGCUCAGCAGGUCGAGCGUGUGCUCAGCGAGUUGGCCUCAACAACCAAAUCAAGUUUGGAUCUCAAAGAGUCAGGACCGAUAAUAUCCCCAGAUAAGGUCAAGAAAGGGAUAGACAUCCUGCUCACAGCCAUCGCUUUUCAAUCUUUGCUUAUCCUUAAUGGUGUCAGAUCAGAUGCCGCUUGUUUGGACAACGCAUCGGAGGCACUUACCAGGCUGGCACAUCUUCUUCAGUCAACAGCGUACAAUGUAUCGUCCUCAGCCUCCCUUUGGAGUGGCCUGAGAUACAUCUUGCCCCUCGCCGGUCAAGCCGAAUCCGUAUGGCCAGUCAUGCUCAGGCCCGACGUGAGUUGUGGAAUUCGAAUAGACCUGUUCCAGAAUUGGGUCGAUGCCAAAAACCCAGGAACUGCUCCCUCUAUCACUCUGCAGAAGGCAAUCUGGAGGUCACAAGAGCUCGCGGCGGCAAUGAAGAGCUUAACAUCAGCUGCUCUUGUGGUCCUGUCGAGGAAGAAUUUGGAUACAUCUACCUCGGAGAAUGCUGUCCAUCUCCUGCAGAACGACGAAGAGGAUGACGAUUUUGGCGAAAUCCGCACGACAGAGACCGAUCUAAUGCCUCACUCGAGGGAGAUGACCGAGUACCGUCGCACGAAACCGGAAUUCAUCGAUCUCCUUGUAGCCUUCCGCAUCGAGGGCUUACUCCUCUCUUCCUCGCAGCCAUCCAUUCGGGAUGCUCAGCUGGUGAAUACCUUCCUCACCGCGGAAGGCGAGACUCUGGUGACUAUCGGAAUGUCUAUCUGCCGUCAGAUCAAGGCUGGCAGUCUCAGGCUUUCGGUCUCAGCAUUUGAUCUUAUGUUGGAGAGUCUGGAGGAGAUGAUGAACUCUUAUGCUUAUUCUCAGGACGAAGGGAUGAUACGGCUGAUAGCAACCUUUCUCGGCGUCACAGCGCCUCUUUGGAUCAGUGAUCAAGCCAAUGAUGGGGAGAUUGGAUCUCGAGCCACUUUUCUAUCCCGAAGUCUGGUCCGAAAAAGCAUGACAAAUGAGAUUGUCUCUUGGCGGGCCCGUCUGUCCGUUGUCUUGUUUAUUGACGAGUAUCUGGACUAUGACCCCGAUAUGGAGGCUUGGCACAAAUCGCAGAGGACGCAAGACAUGGAUGUCGAUGAUCCGUCAGGUCCUACUGAUGUUAUCGCCACUUCCCUGGUCGACAAGGACCUGCGAGUCCGGUUCCGAGGAGCAACCUCGACCGCCGGUUUGCUGUACCUUUCCAGCAUACCCGCAUCUCAGCAUUCACCUUUCUACCACGAGACUGUGAACACUUUGCCUAGGGAGCCCAAACACUGGGACUCGUUCAUCACGGAUCUCCUCUGGAAGCUCAAUUGUUGCGUGGCCAGCACACAAUUGAGAGCCGCCGCAAUCUAUCAUCUUUACGAGAUACCCUCCUCAACCGACGCGUACAAUGUUCACCUUCACCUCGGACUCGCAGAAGCAGCCAAGCGGCUCGGAUUGGCUGGAAUAUCUCCUCUGUAUCUCGCCCAUGCGCCUUUGAUCGUGUCGAGUCAGAUCUCCUCCAAGCAGGACCCACUACUGGUACCCUCUCUAUUGUGCGGAUUCGAGUCAGAGCAAGCAUACGCUCUGGCGCUGCUGGAUUCAUCCGCGGCAAUGAUCGUACUCGCCGCAAUUCAGGAGAAAGCUUCGAAGCACCCCUCCGCGGGAGGGCCCAGAGCAUCAUACGACAGAAUAUGCAGUGCUGCAGAGAUGUCGACUGAGUCCGCAACAAUUCGCUAUCUUGGCUCUAUCAUCGCCAGAGCUCUCACUGACAGGUACAGUGGCCUGACGUCUGAGGACGAAUUCCACCCGAGGGAUGCAUUCAAGCGGCUGCAACAUCUCCCCGGUUUGACGGCCUCGGCUCUGACAAAAACCCUCGCUCCAAUUGCAGAGGAAAUUCUCGGCCACAUCCUCCGGUUGUUGGAGAGCUCUUCGACAAACUGGAUGCUCGAGGUACUCGGCGAACGAAACGAUGUUGUCGCAACUGUCUUCUCGGAUAUUGUUCAAGACGCUGCAACUCCGCCCGACGAACUGUCCAACCUCCCUCCUUGCUCCUCUAUCCAGGAUGUACUAGCAGGCAUAGACUUUCUCAAGCUGCAAGUAACCGUCGAUAGCUCCAAAGCCGUCUUCCUGACCUUAAAUCGACUGUUUCGCGACAUACAUGAGGCAUUCCUCGUAUCUGAGCAGUUUCGACGGGUUCAAGCUAUUGCUCUACUCCUCGCUCUCCACUCAGACCAAUGUACCAAUCCUGUGAUAUUGGAGACAAUUCUGCUGGAAACUACACAGCUGCUGCUGAUGCCAGACUUGGCCAGAGCCGCUCUCUCUAUGCUCAAAUGGGGCUUCAAGUCGGUCCGUAACGUCACUAUACCAACCAUAUCACUGCUCGCCAUUUUCAGACGCCUUGGUGCGGCUUAUGCUAUCCUCUCCGAAGGCAGUGAUAGCAUGAUUCCGGUUGCGGAUGCGCUGAAGAUUUGGCUGCUGGAUCAGUCUCCUGUGUGGACAGAGUGUGACAACAUACGCACCGCAUAUCAGGACGCACGUAUUGUCUGGAAAUCGGAACUACGAGCGGGAAAUGAUUCAGACAUGCCUCCCGCUUUCGAUUCCAUUAUUGGCCAGAUCCCGGAAGCGGACGCUGCCCACCGCUCGGAACUGAUACAUCCUCUGACAUCGGCGAUGCGCCAGGAGUGCGAGCUGACUGCUCAAACCCGAAACCUUGACAAGGUGCAGCACGACACCUUCUGGACCCUGAAAGACGCUCUAGGGCCCGAGGCCCCCGAGGAUGGAGUACACGCUUUCCUUGACCUUCUGCAUCUCAUCAAAGGUGAAAUACAUCCUCCUUCACUCAAUGAUCAGCGGCAGGUGAAGCCUUUUGCUCCUAGUCAAACGAAGUCGACCUCAAAGAUAGUCAAACCGGAUGCGUCUAUGCCAGUUCGCGCUGCCGUCGUCAAAGCGCUCGUCAAACUUGCCUCGCACGUGGAUCACACACUACGUUUUGCCGCUAUCGACGCUUUGCGCUCUAUUGGAUCAUACGUGGCGCCUAUGAUCCAAGCCGGGCAUCUUCAGGGAUCUGCUGAAUAUGUGAAGCUCUUCGCCUCGGAUCCAGGGUUCUCGGAGGUAGGGCCAAAGACCCCGAUCGUUGAUCUCGCCGAUAUUUGGGCAUGGCUCCAGCUGGCACAAGAACCUGUCGCUUGGAUCUCAAAGCUUUCUGUCGCCAUCGCUUCCAGUGUGCAAUUCUGUGCCGAGUUCUACCAGGCAAUCAGACCUUAUCUCAUGCAGAAUCCAACGAUAGCAAGGACGAUUCUGCCUCAUAUGGUACAUGCUAUCCUUCUGGACCCCUAUAACGGCGCGCGGAUUGGCAGCAAUCCUCGUGAGGUUCUCUCUAGCCUUUUCUCUGCAAUGUUAGAGAGCCCUUCUACCGACGAGGAGAUCACUCAGGUUGUCAUCAGUAUCGUUCUUCAUCUUCGAGAGCAUCGUCCUCCAAGCUCUAACGGCCGACUGAAUGAAAUGAUCUUCGAAUCCUGGUUAGAUAUCGACAAUCUCCUGCUGUCCGAAGCUUCAAUCAGCGGUCAGGCAUAUGCAACAGCGAUGAUGUUUCUCGAACUCAUGACGUCUGGAGAGGGUGCCAAUCUGGCUGUCAAUAUGUAUGACCCUCGGGUUCAAAGAAUUAUGUACGAAGCCUACAGCAAUCUCGAAGACCCGGAUGGGUUCUACGCUGUCAAGACGCGCGAUGUGGCCUCGGCCCUUAAUCGUCGACUGAUCCAUGAGGGCGAUCAUUGGCGAGCGUUUGGUCUCCAUGGCGCGGACAUCGAGGCGCAAACGAAGGAAUCGUCUUGCGCUCCUAUUCUCGCCGCCAGCAAGGACUUGCACCGCUUGGGUCUGAAUCGUAUCUCGGCGCUCCUGAUCGCCAGUCUUCGAGAUAAAAACGCGUUGGACGAUGCUAGCUCAGAUUCAUUGAUGUUCGACCUGGCGUGGCGGAUUGGUGAUUGGGAUCUGCCCACGCCAUCUGCGUCAACGACCUCUUCUCAUGUGCUUCUUUACUCCGCACUGAGGGCAGUGCAUCGAUCGCGGGACUUGCAGACGGCUGUACUUUUGGUUACCAAAGCCAUCGUCGCGGAGUCCCGGCGCUUGCCAGGCUUGGGGCCACAACGCAUUACCCAGGUGCAGAAGGCCGUUGAAGAUCUUCUGUGCCUCCGCGAAAUCCGUCAGUGGCUCUCAUCUAGGGUGCAGAGCGUUCUAGAUGGUACAGUCGAAGAUGCCUCCAUCAUCAACGAUCUAAAAUCUCUAGAUUCGUCUUUCUCAUUCUCUCUGACACAGCGCUUACUGGCAGUCCGUCGAUCGAUGAUCGUAGGAGGCGAAGACCGCGAGAAGCAUAAUGUUAUCGGAGACAUCACCACCACCAGACUGGAUGUUUUGCGCUCGAUCGACAGAAGCUGCCUCCUGCAUCAAAGCCGAAUGGCUCGAGAAAAUGGCGACAUUCAAGCUGCGAAUAAUGCCGUCACCGCCGCGAGGCUCGUCGAGGGAGAUCAUCGCACAGACCUGCUGGAGGACGAAUUUGGGCAAGUGCUUUGGGCGCAAAAGGAGCAUGCUUUGAGCAUUCAGCACCUGGAGCAGAGACUGAACGUUGAAGGGAUCUCAGGCAUUCAGCGUGCAACACUGACCGGCCGUUUAGCGCAAUGGACCUCGGUCGCCAAAUACCGCACACCUGACGAAAUAAGGUCGAUGUUUGACGAGGCCAGGCUGCUCGCUGAGGUGCACAACAUGACAGCAGAUGAUCAAGGACAGAUCUGUCACGACUUUGCAGCCUUCGCCGACUCCCAUCAGCGGAUCUUGUCACGAGCCCCAGAACUCGAACAGCUGUCCAUGUACAUAGGGCGCAAAGGAGCCGAGCUGCAAUCCUCGACAUCUGCAACCAUGACGUCGAAAAAAUCAAAACCCAGUUCGAAUUCCAAAUCCGACGCAGUUGAACGGAUCGAGAGAGAGAUCAAGGAGGACGAAGAAACCAUGCAAGAGCUCAUCGAUGCCCGAAAUCUCUACGUCAAGAUUGCCUUGCAAAUGUACGCUCGCUCACUUACCCUUUCCGAUCGCCACGAUGACCUCACAACCCAAAUGCUGUCCCUGUGGCUGGAACAUGACCGGGACCAGGAGAUAAGCAAGGCCUUCGCAGAGUCUCUGAGACGUGUUCCCUCCCACAAGUUCAUCUUCCUCGGCCCUCAACUAGCGGCUCGUCUCGAUCGGCCGAAAGUCAUCGACAACUUCAAUACGCUUCUCUCCGCAUUAAUGCUGAGACUCAGUCGAGAGCAUCCAUAUCACAUUCUAUACCAAAUCAUCACUCUUGCUGAAGGCUUCGCACUUCCGGCGAAGAAUCGACGAGUAUCUGACGGAGGCGCAGAGGGGAGGGCACCAGCUGCCGCUGCUAUCUUGUCGGAGCUGAAUAAUGGCGAGGUCUCGAUUGCUAAGACUGCUGUCAGGCAAAUGAAAGCUUUUGCCGAUCGGGCAAUUCAGUGGUGUCUUUUACACACGAAGGAGGAGGAGAAUGCGGCUGUGGGUGGCAGGCUCAAUUUGCCUCCUAAUUUCCCACUCGCGAAGCUGGUGAACUUGGACAUUCCGAUUCCCACAUCGCCACCGACCAUCGAUGCCACUUGCCAGUAUGCAGGCAUCCCGACCUUCGUACGCUUUCGGACUCAAUAUCAAAUAUUAGGAGGUCUGCAUAGGCCCAAGAAGAUGGCGGCAUAUGACUCUCGGUCUGUCUCCCACUUCCAGCUCUAUAAAGGAGAGGACGAGGUUAGACAGGAUGCGGUCAUGGAGCAGGUCUUUGAGAUGUCAAAUGCUCUGCUCUCUCGCGAUCGCAAGACACGAGAGCGAAGCCUGCGCUUCCGAACCUACGUGGUGAUCCCUCUGGCACGCAGUACCGGGAUCAUGGAGUUCGUGGGAGAUAGUGUCGGUAUUGGAGAUUGGUUGAAGCCAGCGCAUCAUAGAUACGGACAGAUCACCAAGGAUAUCCCAGCAGAUGACUUCCGUCGAGUACUCAAGCCGUUACAGGAGAACGAAAAGACGUGGUCGAAACUACCAGCCAAGUUCACCGAGAUGCUUCAAGGGUUUCAUCCAGUCAUGCGCUACUUUUUCACCGAGAAGCACCGUGAUCCACUCGCGUGGUUUACUAUGCGGCUGAACUACACGAGGAGCGCCGCCGUGACGUCUAUUAUCGGAUGGAUGCUUGGAAUUGGUGAUCGACAUUGUUCGAAUAUUCUCAUAGAUCAAGUCACUGGCGAAUUGGUUCAUAUUGAUUUUGGUAUCGUGUUCGAAGACGGUCAGAGGCUACGUAUACCGGAAAAAGUACCCUUCCGUUUGACGAAUGACAUGGUCGACGGUUUCGGGAUCACCGGCGUGGAUGGGACGUUCCGACGAUGCUCUGAGCAGACACUUCGGGUUCUGCGCGGAUCCUCAGCUCUCAUCAUGACGGUCCUCGAGGUAUUCAAGCAUGAUCCGCUCUAUGCCUGGGAUGCGGACCCUGACAAGAUGCAAAGGGCUCAAGGUGGAGGGCGAGUCAACAUCACUUACUCUGCUUCAGCUUUGGAACGAGCCGAUCGCAUCCUCGCCAAGAUACGACAGAAACUACGUGAUGACAUUAGCAUAGAAUAUAGAGUAAACGAACUCAUACAAGAGGCUCGGAGUACGGAAAAUCUCGCCAAGAUCUUCAUUGGAUGGCAGCCAUGGUUCUGAAAUGUCCCUUCGUUUUGUGCAUAUCACCAGACGUUGUACAAACAGCAUGCGAUCGCGAUCAUCAUUCCUCAAUCACAGCCACCCAAGCGCAUGAGGUCUCAGAGAUACUAGCCUCGGUGCUGGAAGAACAUAUACACGGCACACCGGCAAUCUCAAAUUCUCGCUCGUUUCUGGCGCCAAAUUCGCAUAGCAUUCCGAUCGUAGAGCUUGCCGACGACCAAUUCCGAGCCUGGAGGAGACGCUGGAACCUUGUAUAAUUGUUCCUCAGGUGUCUCUGUAUCAACUUGUGGCGUCGUGGAUGAACAUGUUGAGUACAGGGACACCGCUGAGAAGCCAGUCGAGCCCGCGGACCUUGGUCGAGUAUAGGCAGUCUU